GGCCCGGCCCAAUGUACGCGUCUUUACACGUGAUUUGAACGUGUUCACCAUUUCUUUCAGAAGGCAGCAACUGAAAAGGCAACGGAAUCGACUCGGUCGGUCACGCAUGCCGUGAACGCGGGCGGUGUCGGCCAGCGCUGCACACUCCGCCAUUGCAGGCAGUGCACGGUGACGGCGAAUCACCACUCGCCAAGAGGAGGAGAUCACGAUCUCAGCCAUCUAUCCCGUGCUCGCGCGCGGUCUCGUCGAUCGAACAGAUGAUCAGACGGUCGUUCGCAGCAAGCAGCAGCGCGUUCGGCUCCUCGCGAGCGUACGUCUCGCCGUCACGACGAGCGACACGCUGCAGUCACGUGAGGGUCCCGUGGAAUCGAUCCCUUGCUUGAGGGGUGGAGAGCCGGAAAGGGGAAAGGGAAGCGGUGGUCUCCACCCAUGUCACCUCUUCGGACCACGGCGUGCCGUGGAGUGAGCUUGCGGUCUGCUGUUGCUGCUUUCCCGAGGACCUAAAUAUUCCCAUCGCCCAACGACAUUGCAGCUCCUGACACGUGUUUGGAUUCUUUCAUUGUACGGCUCCGGCUGCCGGUGUCCGAGCAAUCGCAGAAGAGAUAAGAUUUUUAUCGAUGGGACGAUUCAAAUCCAAAUUCGACGAGCCUAUAAAGCCAAAACAAGAACUCAUUAACUUUUUGAAUCGAAUUCGGAUCGGAUGUCGUCUCCAUUACACACAUUAUCGAGAUUUACCUGUGGCUCUGUCUUUGCAGGCUAGGCUUGCGCAGCAGCCAGGAAAAGAACACUACGAUCAGUUUGGUUGCAUCCACGCGAUGGAGAGUUGAAGGAGUCGGUGGAAGAAGAAUACGACCCACGUUGUUUCAUGAUGAAACUGCAGCUGCUUUACUGCAGUUUGGUGUCCGCAAGGCGAAUACGAGAAGAAGAAAAAUCACAUACGACGAUGAUACAGUAAACAGACAUGGAAUAUCGUGCGUAGAAGAUGCUUGACUUCCAUGGGAUUAAUGUUGGUGCCCGCGUACGUCCUUCUUUUCUCUGCAAACUAAACACGAAAGGCAGACGGCCGGUUCUUUUGUGGCCGCUAAGCUAGCUGUAUCACAGGGUCGUCGGUCUUUGCUUCCGACAAGAUGUGUCCCCACUCCCACAAGGAGGAGAGCCGCAGUGGCCGCUCGCCCAUCUUUUUCUCCCUUCAUAUUCACAUCCUCACGACCUUUCAUGCCCCACCGACGCUCACCAGCUAUCCUUCCCUCCUCUUCGCACCCCCGCAUCAGUAGUCGGUCCUUUGCAACAUAUUGUUUAAUUUGGAUACUAGUUAAAUCUCAUUUUCUGCUUUGUUCUUAUCUGCAAAAUGUCAACUCCUCCGAUGCAGAUUUGCAUGGACGCCUCUUCCGACUGGCUAAAGCAGGGCAUGGUUCAAGAGGACAGCGGGACGAAUUCCUCCUCCCCGUCCAGCGAACUGAUCUCAUGCUCAAGGCCGCCGGUCAUGGACAAAAGGCUGCGGCCGCAACAUGAUCAGGCCCUCAAGUGCCCCCGGUGUGACUCGACUCACACCAAGUUCUGCUACUAUAACAACUACAGCCUGUCUCAGCCGAGGUACUUCUGCAAGACAUGCAGGAGGUAUUGGACUAAAGGUGGAACGCUUCGGAAUGUGCCUGUCGGCGGCGGCUGCCGGAAGAACAAGCGCCCGAAUGUUAAGAAGACAGCCGACCUGUUUCAUCCGACGGCCUCGCCGUUCCAGGACGCAACCCUGCAGGCUCUCCACCAAUCCUUUCCCUUGGUGCAACUGUCGCAUCUCGAGUCACUGACCUAUACUCCCCGGAACAUCGAUUUCACGGAGUGCAAGUACAACCUGAUGCUCGACAACACUAUGGAUGGUCUCGAUCUCAUGGAUACAAAGUUCGGAGCCAUGUUUCCUAGGAGCCAUCUUCCCUUGGGCGGAGGCAUAGCAGGCCUCGGAGAAGCAAGUCACGGAUUCACCUCAGCCGGCUUCCAUGGCUCGAACGCUUGUGGCUUCUCCAUCGAUGGGAACCAUGCGGCCUUCAUGGAGACAUGUCAGAAGCUGGCACUCCCCUUGGAAGGGCGCGAGGAGGCAAAUGCGGUGGAUGUCAAGCCCAGCGAUAGGAUUCUAUCGAUGGAGUGGCAAGAUCAGUGUUGUGCCGAUGCUGGACGUGAAGCAAUGGGGUGCUCCGAUGGCCUUGGAUCGUGGAGUGGGAUGAUGAACGGACAUGGCUCCUCGGCGACCAUGUGAAACUAGAGUUCUGCUAGUCGUUACCACAAUCAACUACGUAAUGGUAGAGAAGAAGCAUUCUGCCUAUGUUGCUUCGAGUAUUUGCUAUUCCCCUUUCGAUUGGUCUUCCAUUUCCGGAGCAACGUGAAGUGAUCAUAGAAGCAGUGGAGUGACCUAAUCAAUGGUUUGAUACUUUCUUCUU